AGUUACUUGUUCUUCAACUGACUCGGCUCAAUCAUUCGCAAAAUGGUGCGACAACUCGAUACAAGGGCGAUCUUUACGCGACUCUUCCUCACUUGGCGUGUACUCGGUAUCAUAGAUUGGCCAUUUCAUAGGCAUCUGCGCUUGGUCUAUGACAUUCUGAUGAACACCGUUGUCACCUUUGGCUUUACUGCACAUCUGGUGUUGGGAAUUAUUUUGAGCACCAAUCAGGAUCAGUUCUUCACAAAUUUGGUCAUGGGUAUUGCAAGCGUUUCUUGCCUCUUCAAACAUAUGUUGUAUCGCUUUCGAAUGGAGGAAAUGCAGAGAAUAAAUGAAAUUUUUGGCCAACUCGACGACCGUGUGCGCACCAAGGAGGACUACGAUUACUACAAGCGUCUCAUGGAACGACCAUGCAACUUUAUGGUGAACUUCUUCACACGCUGCUACUGUGCGGUCAGUAUAACGGCUUUGACUACUGCCUUAGUCACUGGAGAAUUGCUUUACCCUGCCUUCGUACCGCUACAAUGGCGGACGUCGGUUUUCAAAUACGCUGUAAGUCUACUCUUCCAGUUCGCCGGGAUUUCUUUACAAGCUGUGCAGAACAUAGCAAACGACGCAUAUGGACCGGUGGUACUUUGUAUGCUCUCUGGGCAUGUGCAUCUGCUGUCGAACCGAGUGUCACGCGUUGGCCACGAUAAACCCAAUAAUGUGGAGGACAAUUAUAAAGAACUCUCCUUGUGCAUUGAGGACCACAAAUUGUUGAUGAGCACAACAACGGCAGUGGAACGCAUGGUCUCGGCUAGCUAUCUGGUGCAAUUUGGCAGCGUUGGCAUCAACCUAUGCUUAGGGCUAGUUUAUUUGCUAUUUUUCGCCGAUAACUAUUUCGCUUACGUUUACUAUACGAUUCAUAUAACCGCCAUUAUGAUUGAGUUAUUCCCUUUUUGCUACUACGGCAGCAUGUUGGAGUUUGAGUUUUAUGAUUUGUCUUAUGCGAUUUUUAGCAGCAACUGGCCAAUGCAGCCACGCCCAUUCCGCCGUAAUAUAGUGAAUUUUACAGAGUUAACACUAAGGAAUGUCACUUUGUAUGCCGGCGGUAUAGUUCGUAUUAAUCUCGACUCAUUCUUCGCUACAUGCAAAACGGGAUAUUCAUUCUUCACCGUUAUUCAAAGCAUGAAGUAG